ACUGGGACAAAAUAAUCCCUUCAUUUUUCUGAAGGUAUCAGGAAUAAUAUUUCACUUUUCUCCUUACCGGAGGAAUUUUAAAUGUUACCACGUUAGGAGACGUUACCUAUAAGGCGGUUUUUAAGCGAUUAGGUAAAGAGAAAUAAAGGAUGACAAAAUAAAGUGCUGCGGAGGAAUUUCUGUCAAGCUGUGAAACGACGGAGUGCGAAGAGUGAAGGCGAUUGAGAGGGGCUGAGGGAAUUGUCCUCUGUGCAAGGGACUUUCAUUAGGCCCCAGGCCCCUGCCUGCCCCUAUCAUCAGCAGCAUCUCACCUAAUUGGCGAGGCUAGCCUAGAACCUGCAGCCCUGCCUCAACCUCCUGAGUAGCUGGGAUUACAGGCAUGUCCCAUCGUGCCCAGCAAGAAUAUGAACUUUUGGAGCUGUGGUUGUGAUUCAGUGGUGGAGCACUCGCCUAGCACACAUAUGAGGCACCAGGUUCGAUCCUCAGCACCACAUAAAGAUAAAUAAGAUAAAGGAAGAUGGAAAGCUUGAUGACUAGUUCCACCCUGCCGCCCCUUUUUGCAGAUGAAGAUGGCUCCAAGGAGAGUAAUGAUCUGGCUACAACUGGAUUAACACACCCAGAGGUUCCUUAUGGCAGUGGAGCUACAUCAUCCACCAACAAUCCAGAAUUUGUAGAGGAUCUGUCCCAAGGUCAGUUGCUUCAGAAUGAGUCUUCAAACGCUGCAGAUGGCAAUGAACAGAGGCAUGAAGAUGAGCAAAGAAGUAAACGAGGAGGUUGGUCCAAAGGGAGAAAGAGGAAGAAACCUCUUCGAGACAGCAAUGCACCCAAAUCCCCCCUUACAGGAUAUGUUCGGUUCAUGAAUGAGCGUCGAGAACAGCUUCGAGCAAAGAGACCAGAGGUCCCAUUUCCAGAAAUCACAAGGAUGUUAGGGAAUGAAUGGAGUAAACUCCCUCCUGAGGAAAAACAGCGCUACCUUGAUGAAGCAGACAGAGAUAAGGAGCGUUACAUGAAGGAACUGGAGCAAUAUCAGAAGACAGAAGCCUAUAAGGUCUUCAGUAGAAAAACUCAGGACCGUCAGAAAGGCAAAUCUCACAGGCAAGAUGCAGCCCGACAGGCCACUCAUGAUCAUGAGAAAGAAACAGAGGUAAAGGAACGGUCUGUUUUUGACAUUCCUAUAUUUACAGAGGAAUUCCUGAACCACAGCAAAGCUCGGGAGGCAGAGCUCCGCCAGCUUCGUAAAUCCAACAUGGAGUUUGAGGAGAGGAAUGCAGCCCUGCAAAAACACGUGGAGAGCAUGCGCACGGCGGUGGAGAAGCUGGAGGUGGAUGUGAUCCAGGAGAGGAGCCGCAACACAGUCCUGCAGCAGCACCUGGAGACCCUGCGGCAGGUGUUGACCAGCAGCUUUGCCAGCAUGCCCUUACCUGGAAGUGGAGAGACACCAACAGUGGACACCAUUGACUCAUACAUGAACAGACUGCACAGUAUUAUCUUAGCUAAUCCCCAGGACAAUGAAAACUUCAUAGCCACAGUUCGAGAAGUUGUGAACAGGCUCGAUCGUUAGGGACUGAAUAUAGGUUUUAGAGCUCCCAACUUGUUCUUGUAAGCAUUUUUACUUGUGCGGAAUGAGAAGCCAUCCAUGGAUUUUUGAACUGAGUUGGAGCAGAAAGGACUGCAGAUCCCUUUACUUGGGAAAGAAUUGUCAGUGAGUGAAAUACCUUCACCCCAGGAAGCUGCGUGAGGGAGCAGCAAAAGGCACAUGUGUGUGAACUUCCUGUGGAAUCACCCUCCAGUGAUGCUUUGAAAGUGUGCGGCCACUCUCCCAAGUCUUCAGCUCCCUAUCAUUUCCAUUUCUGCUAAAGCAGCUCUACAUAUAUUCUGCUGACUAGGUGACCCUGAAGCUGACAUCUUCUGCAGCAGAAGGAAGACUGCCUAUUGCUGCCAUUCUGAUUGGACCCUUUUAUCAGUGGAGCUCCACUUUUCUUACCUAGCUGUCACUUUUUUUUAAUGCCUUUGGGGGUGAUUUUUGCUUCCCUUCACCCCCACCAAGCUGUACAUCUCCAUUUUCUGACCUCGGGGCCUCACUACUCAGCGGGGCUCUGAAGGAGACUUUCUCCCAUUGGAUGGGCCCAGUCUUCUCCCAUCGUUGCCCUGCUGUGACUCCAAAGAAAGGAGCUUCUUGUUGACAGUGCCCUGUGGAGCCAGGCUGUGUUUCCUGCCCCACAUGGUGCUCCGUGGGUGCCCGCCCUCAGCAGGCUCUGCAACUGCAGCCCUGAAGGAGAAUGGCUCUCCUCCUCCUGCCGCCUGCUGCUCUCUGAGCAUUGCUCCUGCACAGAAGCCGAGUCCCAGCCUCAGCAAGGCUCUUCUGUCUGUUGGCAGUGUCUUGCGGAGCUUUUUUGCCGAGGAAAAGGUCAUUGGUAAACACAAAGGAAAGGAGUAGUUCUCAUUUGGUAUUGAAAGAAUGUCCAAAGUUGAUCCUCAGUGAAAACUGUGGGAAUCCCUGCUUUUUUAGGUAAUCAGAUCCUUGGAUGUAGAUAGGUAGGAGAGGCUUUGGGAAUAGUCUCUUGUGCUGACUGAAUGGGCACGGAGGAGUUCUCAUGCCCUUUGUCUUCCUUCAGUAGCCAUUAACUGCCAAAUCUAGGUGGAAAAGUCAGCCUUCCCUUCCUCCCUCUACUUAGUAAGGGAUUUUUGUUUUUUAACGGCAGAAGUGAAGAGGGUUCUGAUUCUCUCCUCAGGGUCUUUUUUUUCUUUGUUUCUUUCUUUCUUUUCUUUAUGCUCUAGAGCACAA